AUGCGAGUCGUCCAGGACGGCAACUAUCAGAUCCAGGCCGCGAUAUCUGGCCUCUACUUAAACUCCUAUGAUGCCUCCGUCUAUAAUUUCCAGUACGACGACGCUCUUAUCCUGGGUAGCGUGCCUACUCGACUAGGCAAGUGGCAGAUAGCCCGUGUAGGGAGCGGGUACACCAUCAAGCAGGUCUCGAGCGGGCUGUACUGCUCCCUGAGUCAGGAUGAGGAUCAAAGGCAUCCUUCCGUCGUUUUGCGCCCGGUCCCGGCGGUAUGGGUCCUGGAUUUUCUGGACAGGGAGGAAAAUACUGUUCGGCGACUGACAUGUAAUGAUAGCAUCUCUUGGCCAAUUACUUCGCAAUGCUUAAAUGCACCCAUUCCAGACCCUGAAAUGGGCGAACGGGUUGGACCGAUCCUCGCUGAGAUGGAACGUGGAGGAAUGACUCUCCAGACUUGGUGGCUCCACCUCCUCAGACCAAACAGUGAAUCUGGCUUUCUCGCGGCUGGCGUGUACGCCAUUCAGAAUAAAGCUAGUUUCACGUAUGUUAGCUUGGCACCCAACGAAAAGACAAUCGGAUGCUGGCCCCCGUCUAGCCUGGUGGACAGCGGUGUGAGGAUGUGGGUCAUUGCUCCUAUGGGGAACGGUUACACCAUAAGGCUACAGGGAACAGACAAGUACUGCACCCUGCAGGCUGGUACAGGAAAUAAAUGCCAGGUCUCGGUGUCAUCUAUACCUGCGGCGUGGAGGAUUGUUGCGUCUGAGAGUCCGGUCAACGGCAAUGAUCGCUACUACCAAAUAUUCUGGGCGGACACCGACAUGGCCUGGGAUCUCGCAGGCUUUGGUAAGCAAGACCCAGGGACUGUUAUACAGAUGAUGCAUAACAAGGACUACCAAACCUGUCGUGUCUUCAAGUUCAUCGCUUGA